UUUUGGAGACCACAGACAGAAUUGACUGACUCUCUCUAAGGUCAAAGGAGGGUGUGCGUUCUCCAUCCAUCCAUGAUUUUAUUAUCCCUCACGCCGGUGGUGGUGGUGGUGGAGGCUAGUGCUUCUUCACUCCGGCUACCGCGACCAUAUUCAGUGUUCUCCUAUACUACCACUUGUCGUCGGUUGAGAUCCAUCCCUUUCCCUUCUCUCGAAUGCUCUUGUCUCAAUACCAAUCCCACUUCCGAGUUGGAGGAGGAGAAAGAAGAAGAAGAAAAAGUAGGGUUGUCGGUUUUGGGAUCAGAGAUUCCAUGGGAAGACAAUAACGUAUGGAGCACAUUCGCUCUUUACAUGUUCUGCCUCCAUAUUCCUCUCAGUUUUGGUGGUUUAUCUCUCCUUUCUCGCUUCCUCCACCUCCCUCUUCUCCUUCCUCAGUCCCAAGUGCUAUCACUUGUCCUUCUCCAAAUGCUCGAACUUUCCCUCACCCUCUUCCUUCUGACGAUUACUGCCAAGCCUCAAUUCAAAUCUAUCCACUUUCUUAACGCUGCUAACUCUACCCAAGAAGAAGGGAGAAACUGGUUGGUUGGAUCAGCUUUGGGUUUCGCAACCCUUGUGUCUUUUAUCUUCCUCACUUCACUUGUAGCUCAUCAACUCUUUCCUUCUCAGGAUGUGCGCAACUCCGAAUUGAACAAGAUCAUUGAAAGCGGGGAGGUGUCCAGACUCGGCUGUUUUGCUCUCUACUGCCUUGUUGCUCCCUUUCUUGAGGAGAUUGUGUACAGACGAUUUCUACUCACCUCCUUAGCUUCCACUAUGGAAUGGAGCAAGGCCCUUGUUAUCAGCUCACUAGUAUUUGCUGCAUCUCACUUCUCUGCGGUUGAUUUUGUGCAGCUGUUUGGGAUAGGUUGCGUUCUUGGGGGAUGUUACAGCUGGUCAGGAAACUUAGCCUCCUCGGUGGUCGUCCACUCCUUGUACAAUGCCCUGACACUCCUCCUUGCGCUACGUUCUUAACCGCAAGAUGAGAGAGAGGUGGAGCCAUUUCCCUUGUCUGUGGAAUCUCUUUCUAUCUUUCUUAAAGAAGACAGCGUAUAAACCGUGUGUGUGUGUGUUUUAAGAGAGAAUCUUGAUCCCUUUUCAGUUUGAUAAAAAGUGUAUUUUGAUUA